AUGACGAGAUUAUUGAUCACCUUGUUAAUCCAAUUCCUCUUUCAUGUUGUCGAUGGCGGCAUGUGUUGGACUACUAUCACGAAGAAUGGCCGUUGCCAGCACCUGUACAAAACCAAAUUGUCCAAGGAAGAGUGUUGUAAGAAUGGACUCCUGACAAUGGCCUGGUCUAACCACGACGAUGCGACGCCCGCCAAACUUUUCUAUUGGGAAGCUUUCUUGGGAGGAGCGCCAUCUUGUGAAAAAUGUCACAUUACUUGCGACAGAGUGAACUGUGGAGCUGGCAAGAAGUGUGUGAACACCAAGAAGGGCCCCAAGUGUGCUUGUAGUCCCGUCUGCUCCAAGGAUAUGCUGAAGAGGAAAGUUUGUGGCACAAAUCGGAAGACGUUUAAGAAUCAGUGUCGUCUGCUCGCCUACAAUUGUCGUCAUCAUGAGAAAGUGGAGAUUGCAUAUGAAGGGAAAUGUCGCAAAUCCUGUAAAAAAGUCAAGUGCAGAGAUGGCACAUGUAUGGAAGAUCAGAAUGGCAACCCUCAUUGUAUUCCAUGCACGAAGCACUGUCCUCCGGCCACCAGCGAAGCAGAACAGAUUUGUGGGUCUGAUGGCAUCACCUAUGAAAGUAUCUGCCAGAUCCGGAAAAUUGCCUGUGAAAACGCCUUCCAGACAACUGUGCUUUACCCAGGAAAAUGCAAAGCGAACACAACAUGCGAAUCUCUUAAAUGCCCCAAAGACAGGAUAUGCUUAGUGGACGAAGAGAUCAAGCAACCAAAAUGCGUCAUGUGUCGAGAAAUCUGUGAAGAAGCAGAUAUUAAGCCACAUCCCAUGUGCGGUUCUAACAACAUCACCUAUAGCAACUUUUGUGAGAUGAGGAAAGCAGCUUGCGAGUCUGGAGUUGUGAUUCGAAUCAAACACAACGGCGUCUGUAAACAUGACAAGCAGAGUCCCAGACGACGACAUAGGAAGACGACGAAAUCUCCGCAGUGA